UUUUUUUGUUUAUUGUCAGUUUCCUUUGGUUUUGUUUCAGGAAGAACUUUACUGGUUUGUUUGUGUACUUUUUCCUGAAGUUGUGCAAUAAAUAUAGCAAAGACACGGCACUAUUAACACCGCAAGUCUAACAAAGGUCAUGGCUGAGUGUAGUUGGAGUUGAUCCUCAUAGAGUGAGGUUGGGCUUCUCGUCCCACGGUUCAUGACCAUGACGUCGCGCCUCUUGUUUUGGUGUUCUCUGCCCAGUGCUCUGCACCUCUCACAUUCUGCCGAAGCCGAAAUGGAUCCUUGCAUGCGGCGGCUCCGUCCUCUCCCAAGUACCAUAAGGCCUUUCGCGGAUCACUGUGUGGUACCCUGCUGCUGCUGCUGCUUUAAACAGCAGCACUGACAUGGAAACCCCUUUGCUGCUGCAGAACGAUUUGCAGCAGCAGCAUCAGCAGCAGCAGCUCCAGCAGCACGACAAGUACCAGCACUAUAAUAACUGCGGGCGGGAGGAGGCGGAGGAUCGGCUCGGCAAGCAGCAGCAGCAGCAGCAGCACGACCAGUGGUGCACCUGCAACAACUGCUGCUGCACCUGUGAUGCGAGGAAAAGCCUCGUCUUUAUCCGCGGGACAUCAGCGACCACUGUGGGAACUUUGAGGACACCCUCGGAGACGUCUUCCAGGCAAGGCUGCCACUACAGCGUCUGCCAGAUCACACCUUCUAGUCAUGGUAGUUCAUCUAGACAUCAUCAUCAUCAUCAUCCUCAACACAACCAGCUUCAGCUUCAGCAGCAGCAGCAGCAGCAGCAUUGCCGCGGUCGCAGCCGCAACAGCAGCAGCCACAGAGACUGUAACUCCUACAAUGAAAUAGCCAUGAGCAGCUGCAGAUACAACGGCGGCGUCAUGCGGCCGCUGAGCAACUUGAGCUCGUCCCGCAGAAACAUACACGAGUUCGAUUCCGAGUCCCAGCCGCUGCAGCCGGUCUCGGCCGCGGACCCCUCGGACACUCUCGCAUCCAAGCGGGAGAACAAUUCCACCACCCUGAUGCCUUACGCAUCGGGCGACGGAGGAGGAGGCUGCGGACACGGAGGAGGAGGAGGAGGAGGAUGCGGCGGCGGCAGCGGCAAAUCGGGUAAAAAGAAGAACCAGAACAUUGGGGAGAAGCUGGGGCACAGGAGGGCCCUGUUUGAGAAGAGGAAGAGGCUCAGUGACUAUGCUUUAAUCUUUGGGAUGUUUGGGAUCGUUGUUAUGGUUAUAGAGACUGAACUGUCAUGGGGAGCCUAUGGAAAGGAGUCCCUGUAUUCAUUAGCUCUAAAAUGCCUGAUAAGCCUUUCUACAAUCAUUCUCCUGGGGCUGAUUAUCAUUUACCACGCCAGAGAGAUACAGUUAUUUAUGGUGGACAACGCGGCCGAUGACUGGAGGAUAGCCAUGACGUACGAACGCAUCUUCUUCAUCUGCCUGGAGAUCCUGGUGUGUGCCAUCCACCCAAUUCCAGGAAACUACACCUUCACCUGGACAGCGCGGCUGGCCUACACGUACGUGCCGUCCAAGACGGACGCGGACGUGGACAUCAUCCUGUCCAUACCCAUGUUCCUGCGGCUGUACCUUAUCGCCCGGGUCAUGCUGCUCCACAGCAAGCUCUUCACGGACGCCUCGUCCCGCAGCAUCGGGGCGCUCAACAAGAUUAACUUCAACACGCGCUUUGUGAUGAAAACCCUCAUGACCAUCUGUCCGGGCACUGUGCUCCUGGUCUUCACCAUCUCGCUGUGGAUCAUCGCCGCAUGGACCGUCCGGGCCUGUGAGAGAUACCACGACAGCCAGGACAUAACCAGCAACUUCCUAGGAGCCAUGUGGUUGAUCUCAAUCACGUUUCUCACCAUUGGCUACGGGGACAUGGUACCAAACACAUACUGUGGGAAAGGAGUCUGUCUCGUGACUGGCAUUAUGGGUGCUGGCUGCACUGCUUUGGUCGUCGCUGUGGUGGCAAAGAAACUGGAACUAACCAAAGCUGAAAAACAUGUCCACAAUUUUAUGAUGGACACCCAGCUAACAAAAAGAGUGAAAAACACAGCUGCGAACGUUCUCAGGGAGACGUGGCUCAUUUACAAGAACACCAAACUGGUGAGGAAGAUGGACCACGCCAAAGUCAGGAAGCACCAGAGGAAAUUUCUCCAAGCCAUUCACCAAGCUCGAAAAUUAAGAAGUGUAAAAAUGGAGCAACGCAAGCUGAAUGACCAAGCAAACUCUCUAGUGGACCUUGCUAAGACUCAGAACAUCAUGUACGACAUGAUAUCGGACUUGAACGAACGAGGAGAAGACAUGGAGAAGAGGAUCGCCCUGCUGGAGACAAAGCUGGAGACUCUUUUGAGUAACUUGCAGGCGCUGCCAGGACUCAUCAGUCAGAUCAUCAGCCAGCAGCACAGGGACUUCCUGGAGGUGCAGCUCCAGCCUUACGACAAACACAGCCCUGAGCGCUCACAGUCGGUGUCCCGACGGCGGUCGUCCUCCACUGCACCGCCCACCUCCUCCGAGAGCAGCUAGAGUCGAAGGGGGGAACGCCUCCGCUGGUGACUUUUGCCAUCAUAUGGCCAAGUUGCAUUUAUCGUAAAGCCUUAUGGUUUCAAAUACGUAUUAUCCAAAUUCUGAUGACAGAAUCUAACAAACUGGGGACGAGGCAUUUUAAAGGAGAACUUCCUGCUGUUUUAUGUUUUUUAUUACCUCAAAAGAUCUCGUUAUCCUCACCUAGGGUGACGAGACCUCAAAUACUAGCGCUUCCCUCGGAGAGAACGUGACGGCCGUUCGACAGGCUACUGCAAAAGAACUCUCCACUCCAUCUCUAUGCAGAGGUAGCCAGGUUCAGGUGACGAGGUUAACGUUCCGGUGUGAAACUAUUGCACUAAACUAGUGCUCCUCACAGACGCUGUGCUUCCACAGGCUCGUUUCUGUGUUCCUCAAAGCAAUCUAAGAAUCUGCUGAGCAAUCAGUCAGGGAGAUCAACAAUGUUGGGGGGAAAAUGCUGUGUUCGAUGGCCUGCAGUGAACCGACAGUGGGAAAAUCACUCCUGCACACACUGUCACUCAGAGAGAACUGUAAAACCUUGAAAUGAGCAGAGAUAAAAAGCAUAUAUCUUUUAGGUUAGAAACAGCAUCAACUAUAGCAGUUUUCUGUUUGCAGUGUGGCCCCACAGAAUAUGAGUAUUUUUGUGGCGACAGUGCAAAUGACUUACUCCUCUAGUCAAAAUGAAUGCAUUCAAAUCUGUACUUGCACUUACUUUUUAAUCAAUGCACUUCAAUGCUGACUGAUAUAUGAUAUUUAAAAAAAAAUUGUUGCUCAUUAAAAUAAGAACAUUUGAGAUGUUUGGGCAUGGGUUUAUUAUUGCGGAUUCUCAAGCUGUGGCUGAUGUCGACGACUCAAGUCAAAAACCUUUUCUUUCUUUUUUCCUUCCUUUUUUUUCAAAAGUAUUUACUUGGACGUGUAGGAAAUACUGAGUGAUAAUGAUAUAUAUGUAAUAAGCAUGGACUGUACAUAAGAAAUGGAUGUAGCCAUGUUGAAAAACUAGGUGGUAAAACUGUUUGUUCAGAGACGCAAAAAACAGUAGUAUUUUAAAAACCUGGAAUUUGGUUGAGUUGCCUGUAGGCAGUUGUCAAUCACAUGUUAUUUCUUCCUCUAAAUUGGAGCACAACCGACAAACUGACAUGUUUCUAAUGAAGGCGACUUGAAAAUAAAAAUUGAAACCAUGACCUAGCCAUAUUCCAUAGUUUUAACAUAGACUUCAAUUGUAAAAACCUGCACUGCUGCUUCUGUGGCUUCAAUUUUGAGCGACGCGAAGACUACGUCCACUUCUUAUGUACAGUCUACUGUGACUACCCCUUGUCUUGUUGUGUCUCAUUUCCCGUCCCGUCCCGUUCCUGUGCUAUUUAUGCUCACUGUCAUCCCAGAUGGGUAACAAGAACUGCUGAACAAUAACUCACAGAGACCAUAUCUACCUUUUAAACAGGAAAAUAGCUAUUUUUAUAUAUUUUGAUGAGGACAAGCACACAUCCUACAGACAAACAACAAUGGAGAAAUGACAGCAUCUGCAUAUCUAGCAUUUGGUUUGAAAUAUUUCCAGGACUGGAGGUAAGAUGCACCAAGUCUGUUUGGUGUUUUUGUUUUUUCCAUACAUAUGAUUAAAAUAACAUUUUUAAGAUUUUUGUAACCUCCAGAUUAGAUUCAGCUUUCUUUAAAUGACUUGCUUUGAUAACGAAGAACAUUUUAUUUGGUACAAAAGUUUUAAAGUCACGAAGCCAAUUUAAAUGUUUGAAAUAUAUCUGAAAAAAAAAAUCCCAUUUGUUUAGUAUUUCUCCAAAGUGUGUGAGAAGCCCUGACAGGGUCAGUUAACCUUUAAGAAGUGACUAGUCAUCUUACGACAACCUCUCUAACACUCACAGAUGUAGCAUGGGUCAAACAGACAUCUGGUGGUCGCUCAUUCAAUCGGUAGCAAUCCUCAUGUUCCACCCACCAACCAAUAAGCCAACCAGGUCAACAAAGUGUCAACUGUUGAGUCCACAAACCUCUACAACAUAAACCAAUGGGAGAGCAAACUGUAUGCGACUUAUACAAUAAAUAAUAAAAAAAAUAUACUGUUUC